AUGGUUGCAAAUAUCUCAUCUAUCAUUAACAAUUCAAAUAGUGAAAGUACGUUUGGAAUAAAUGAAGACGAAUUAAGUGUUAGAACUGGUUAUUGGAUAGGAUAUGAAAAUUAUAAUUGUGUUGAAAAUAACAUAUAUGUUGAUGAAGAACAUUUAGAACAUGAUCCUUCAUUAACAACAUUUUACAAUGAUUUCAUGAAAAUGUCAAUUAUUAAAGCAUACGGUUUACCAAUAUUACAUCAAAGACCAUUGGAAAGAUUUCAUAAAAUUGUUUCUGCUAUGAUAUUGUUAGAAAAAAAACCAAUAAAUUAUUUAACAAAAUUAACAGGUGGCGUUUUAAUAAUAAAAGCUUAUGAAAUUAUUAAAAAGAUUUGGGAUGUUGAAAGUUGUGAUGAGAUAUCAAUAAAAAAAUUUGAUAUACAGAUUAAAGAAAUUGAAGUUAUUUUUGAUAAAAUGGCUUAUAAUGCUGGUUUUAAAAAAUUUGUUGAAACAUCUACAAAAAUUCUUUGUUCACCACAACGAACAAUUGUUAAUAUGGUUCGAUAUCAAGAUCUAUGCCCAAUUUUUUAUACUGAUCCUGUUGUUGUUUAUGAUGGUGAAAAUAUUUCUAUUAAAAAAACUUAUAAUUGUCUUAAAAGAGGAGGAUUUCAAUUUAAAAUGACAAAAAAAAUUUAUUUUGAUAACGUUAGUAAUGUUAAUAUUUUUGGAAGAAUACUCGGACCAUCUGGUAGUACACUCCGAACUAUCGAAAAACUAACAAAAUCAAGAAUGCAUUUAAAUGGAUCUAAAAGAGCUAAUUAUGUUAAUAAAUGUUUUAUAUAUCCUUAUUUAACAAAAGAAAACGCAGAAAAUUAUGUUAGAGAACCUUUACAUCUUUUAAUUGAAGUUUAUGGGAAUUCUGAAGUAAGCUGUUAUAGAAAUUUAGAAACUAUAAAAAAAAGUUUUUUAUAUGCACUUAGCUUAAAAUAA